AUUUAAAGCAGUAGGACUUGGAGGUAUCGGCCCAGCGCAGUAGCUCGCAGCAGCCAAGCCACGGAAAGAGUCGAAACUUCAGUUGCAUUACGCAAGCUAUGGCACGGCCUUAAGUUUUCAUACGUUUUAAGACUGCCUUGUAAUUGAAUUGUCCUAGCUCUUCCUGUUGGUAAUUGCAACACGCUUAAUUAGAGCUGUUGGCCUAGUUGACGCAAAUAUGACUCUUUAAGAGUACAUGACAUAUUUAAAUGUUUCUAAGCAAGUUGCAUGGCUCCCCUUGGGCGCGAUGGCAGGGCCUGCCGAAACGGUCCAUGCUCUCUACGCCCUUAAUUGCGCGACCGACAGCGCCACAUGCAGCAGCUUCUGAUGCGCCUGAUACCAGCUAUCGUCCGGGCCCUAAACGGGUGCCGUCUGGUCGGCGACAGCGUACCCGGAAGCCCAUGCAGCGUCGUGCGCCGCCGCCCGAAGAGCGCGAGGCGCCUGACAACAUGUUCAUGGACCCAGGGCGGUUCAACAUACAAGAACAGAUGGAAAUUAUGCAGCAGCUUAUCAGCCGUAUGACGGACGAGGAGCGACAGGAGUUCAUGCAGUUCAUAGCUGAGCAGGAGACGCAAGCGGAAGGCGAAGCAUUUGCUCAGUUGACACCUGAGCAACAGCAGCAGGCCAUGUACGAAAGUUCUUUUGAGGCCUUCCAAGAGCAGCUGAACGCGGGGCUUUGGAGCGCAAUUCUCGACAACAUGCCGGACGGGGAUGCAGAGCUACUCCGCAAAUUCCUUCCCCCGGGGUGGUAUGGACACGCCAACAACCUGACACGCAGUCAGGUUGCAGCGGGCAUGGCUCGCCUGAGCAGGGCGGAGCAGCGACGGUUACCCAAUGCCAUCACCCAGGCGACCGCGCUGCAGGAUAGCUUUUUCACGGCUGCCGUCGCACAUGACAAGUACAACCGCAUAUCAGCGCAGCGCCGCAAGCGCAUGGCUGCGCAAAAGGGCCUAACGAUAUCAGAGCCUGACCCAGACGCUAAUCAUGUCUUCUCCAUGGCCGAUGAGGAUGACGUUGACCCAGAUGACGCCUCCGGCGACAACGACCAGGAGAACAUCAGCACAUCCCAGCGGCCGGUCACUGACAUCAGCGACCUACUUUCACGGGUGCGGCAACGGUUAGAGCGGGAGGAUCUGCAGCAGCAGGAGCAGCAAGGUGGACUAGACAGCCCAGCAGCGGAUGCGGAAAAGGAGGAGGAGGAGGAUGCCUAUGCCUACGCCGAUCGCCGCCAGCAACCAGGUGCUAGUACUAGCGGCUGCAGCAGCAGCAACAGUGAUCGCAGGAGGUAUGGCAGUAGCAGCAGGAGUAGCAGUAGCAGCCGGCGUGGUGAUAAUAGCAAUGGUGAUAUUGAGGAGGCGGAGGAGGAGGAACAAGAGCAGGAGCUGCCUAUCCCUGCCGUACUUCGGGAGCGGUUAGGAAAGAUGAAGGAGGCGUACGACAUCUACGUGGCAGGUGGCGGUUGGCAGCGGGAGAUGGAGCAGCGGCACAGCAGCGAAAUGCGCAACCUCAUUCGGUUGCAUGAGGAGUUGACGGAGCUGGCGACAGCAGCGGCCCGGCUGGCAGCCCUCACGGGGGCACCUCACACCACCGCUAACAACAACGGCAGCAGCGCGGCCAGCAGCGGGGGCAGCAGCGAGGGGAGUCGGGAUGUGCUGAUGUACGACAGAUCUGCUCGUGUGCUGGCGGCGGAGGUGGAGCAGCGGGGGGAGGAGCUGGCGGGGCAGGUGGCGGCGCUGUUGGAGCCGGGGAC